AUGGCUGAUAUAGAUAUGUCUAGACCUCCACUAACAACGAUAUUGCUAGAUGGAGUUCCAACCAAACAGGGGGAGUGGCUCAUGGGGUUAGAUAUGCUGUUUUUCAAUGCAAACGACAAGCUCAAGGGAAUAAAGGGGAUCCCUGAUGGAUAUCAUUUGUUCCAUUAUUCAAGUCCCAAUGAUACAGAAGAGGCGCUUACUUCAGCAGUUCGGAACGGGUUCUGGUUUGACUGUAAGGAGGGUGACGUGAUAGUGAUAUCAUGGGAUCCUCAACUUGAACGAUUUGCUCGAAUAGAUGAUGUUGAUACAGAACAAUUGAAUUGUACAAAGGCACUUUCCACCUUGGGGGAGUCAUAUUCCUUCAUGAUCAAUUAUAUUGACGACUCAAACGUAUGGCAAGAUAAACUAAUAAGCUACGUAGAUGAGGAUAUUAUUGAGAUGAUCCCAAAGGAUAUGAAUACAAUUGUUGCUUCAAGGCAAGAAAAUGAUAUUCUCCGUGAUGCUCUCACCAAGGGAAUCAAUAAGAAAGAGCAAGAAACUCCUACACUAUCCAAAUCAUUAUCUGACUUGAGUCUACAACCUCAAAUAAAUUAUACUCCAAUCAAUUUCAAGAUAAAUAAGGAAGGGGAUUCAAAUGUACAAGAUAUCACUGCCAAUUACCUCGAUAAGACUUGGUACUUCAACUCCAUCUAUUCUGAUCUGGAAUUGUUUUUAGGAGAGUUCCAAAUUUCGUUUAUAAAUUAUAUUGUGUUUGGGAAUUAUUGUUCCAUGGUUCAAUGGCUUCAAAUGCUUAGACUUCUUCUGAUGUGCGAGUCUUUGAUUAACACAUCCAAGUCACUUUGUUUUAAUUUUCUUGAAGUAUUGACGUCACAACUAGAGAAACUCCCAAGGGAAUAUCUAGUGGAUGACACUCAGAUGCAGUGUCUGUUGGAUUUGAAGCAUUAUACCGAAUCAAUGGAAAAUUACUUGGCCAUAUUUGGAACCUGGGAUUGGAACAGUGGAUGUUGUGGGAAAUUGAAAAUGCAAGGGUUAAUUAUAGAACGUUGGAAGAAGAUUAUACAAUUACACAAGGAUAAUUUCGGCCUUGAUUUGAUGGCGUUACAAAAUGAAAAUGAAUUGGAUGAAGAUGAUGGACCAGUAAUAGUCACGACUUAG